GUUGAUAUUAACAAUUGUAGUUAAAAACAAUUAAAACAUUGAUACACUAAGACUAUUGUCGUUUCAGGUUCUCCCACUACAAUGCAGUCACCUACAACAACGUCUACAACAACAUACACAACGUCUACAGCAACGUCUACAACAACGCCCACAACAACGGCAACAACAACGCCCACAACAACGCCGACAACAGCGCCUACAACAACGUUUACAACAAUUCCUACAACAACGUCUACAACAACGCCGACAACAACGCAAGCUCUUACAACAACAACAACACAAGCUUCCACCACCACAACGACAAUACAAGAUACUGCGACAACACCAGUUUCAACAACAACUUCUACAACCACUCAAAUCCCUUCAACAACAACAACAACGCAAGUUUCCACCACCACCAUUGCAACAACAACACAAUUUCCCACCACCACACCAACAACGCAAACUCCCACAUCAAGCAUACCAGCUUCAACAACAACAUCAGCUGCAACAACAGCAUCGGAAACAACUCCAGUCCCUUUAACAACAACAACAUCGCAGGUACCUACCUCCAUUACAACAACGCAAACUCCUACAACAACACCUGAAAUUCCUUUAACAACAACGACAAGGAAAGUUCCUACAACAACAACGCAAGCUGACACCACCACAACAAUAACACAAUUUCCUACAACAAUAACGCAAGCUCCAACAACAACAUCUCCUACAACAACGUUCAUAUCGACACAGGCUUCUUGGACAACAACGACAACACAGGCUCCAUCAACAGCCCCAACACCAACUUCGACAAAAGCGGCAACCACUGGACGAAGUAUAAUAAAGACAAGUUCAUCAGUUUUUCGUCAGAAACUUUACAUAAUGCCUUGUUUCUGUAAUACAAAUAAAUCUUUUACGAACAUGACGCAGGAAGAAAUCAUUGCGAAGUUAAUAGCCGACAUUAAAAUUGAUUCGAGAGAAACAGCAUCUGCGCGUAAUAAACUUAUUAGCAAAAUGGACGACAGGCAUUCAUCUAGAAUGGUAGGUUUAAUAGGAAUUUUAAUUCUUGUUAUUGCAUUUGGGGGUCUUUUUAUUUUGGACCUUCUUGGCUUUCUAAGGUUCAUUUUACUGUCGUGCCGAAAUGGAAAGAACGACAGAGAUACCAAAGAAGACAAGUUUAUAGAAUAUUAAUAUGUAUAUAUGAACAUUCUGUGUUUACCGUAUUUUUUGCAUGAAUGAUCAUCGGCCUAAUUGGCCAAUUUACAGUGCAA